AUGAAGGAAUAUCUCUCCUGGAGACUGAACUAUAAAAGUAGAAAGAUGGAAGGGCUUGAGAUAGAGCUGAGAUUAACAGCAGAGAGACACAAGACAACCAAGCAGCAAAAGAAAAUAUCCGUUGAUGGAGUGAAAUGUUACACCACCAUGACUGGACACAAGACAUCUAUAUGUAACCUAAAGCCAAGUGACCGGCUGAUCCUGACCCUGGAACGAGUGUCGCUGACGCUGGACGUCCUGACUAAUAUGUCUACCUCUGACGCUGUAACAAAUUCUAUAAAGGCUUUCCUUAAAUUGAGAGACCAGCUGAUAAUCUGUAGAUCGUUGCCUGAAUACAGUGACCCUGCCUCUGAGCAGCUGGAGCCGUGGCUGAGUCAUCUCCAAGAUUUCAAAGACAAGGCCUCCCCUCAAUGUGUCCAGGACGCUGUUGUGCUCAACCUCAUCUCAUUAAGGAUACAAAAUGUGAUGUGUCCAAGUGAUCCCUAGACUGUCUCCAAGAUGGACUCUUUUCUAACCAUAUGCACAAGGAUCAUCAAGACAUCAGUUUUCUAUCUUCUGUCAUCAAAUAUUGUUC